UGUGCGUGCAGGUCUGCGUUCUUCGUGUUCUGCAGCGAGUACCGUCCCAGCGUGAAGCAGCAGUACCCUGGUCUGUCUAUAGGAGACUGUGCCAAGAAGCUGGGAGAGAUGUGGAGCAAACUGUCCCAGUCUGAGAAGCUGCCCUACGAGGAGAAGGCCCAGAAACUACGAGAGAAAUACGACCGGGACAUGGUGGCGUACCGCGGCGGCGGCACGUACGCCAGGAACCCCGGCUCUUCAGCUCAGGGAGGGGAGGAAGAGGAGGACGACGAAGGAGAGGACGAAGACGAGGAGGACGACGACGACGAGUAGAAGACGAGCUGCAGCUGGAUGAGAGGGAGAGACUGAAUGUGUUAGAGAGAGAGAGAGAGACAGGUAGGUGUGUGUGUUUCAGAGGUAGGACAGUGUUGAGGUGCAGGUGAGGGCCUGUGACAGCUGAUUGGA